UUUCUCGGUUUCCAAACAAGUCUCUAAUAAGGUUUUCGUGGGAAAAUUUUCUAGGAAAAAGGAGAGAAAAUGGCGACGCCGCAGAAGCAGGAGACGCAACCAGGGAAAGAACAUGUCAUGGAACCUUCUCCUCAGUUCACUAGCUCCCACUACAAAGCUUGCAACAAACUCCAAGGAAAAGUGGCGCUUGUGACGGGAGGAGACUCGGGAAUAGGGCGAGCGGUCUGUCACACCUUCGCCCUGGAGGGAGCGACCGUAGCCUUCACGUACGUGAAGGGACGGGAGGACAGAGACGCGGAAGACACGAUGCGCGCCCUGCAGGAAGCCAAGACCCGCGACGCCAAGGACCCCAUCAUGAUCCCCACCGACCUCGGCUUCGAGGAGAACUGCAAGAGGGUCAUCGACGAAGUGGUCAACGCCUUCGGAGCCAUCGACGUUCUCGUCAACACUGCCGCCGAGCAGCACGAGGUCUCCAUCGAGGACAUCGAGGAGGCCAAGCUCGAGAGAGUUUUCCGUACUAACAUCUUCUCCCAGUUCUUCCUCGCCAAGUAUGCUCUGAAGCACAUGAAGGAAGGGAGCAGCAUCAUAAAUACGACCUCGGUGGUCGCAUACUCAGGGAAUCCGGUCCUGCUCGAGUACGCGGCCACGAAGGGAGCGAUUGUGUCGUUCACCCGGGGACUCGCCCUCCAGCUCGUGCAGAAGGGUAUACGGGUGAACGCUGUGGCUCCGGGUCCCGUCUGGACUCCGCUGGUAACGGCCUCGUUCUCCGAAGAGACGAUCAAGAAGUUUGGGGAGGAAACGCCGAUGAAGAGAGCUGCUCAGCCCGUCGAGAUCGCUCCGUCCUACGUGUUCUUGGCCUGUAACCACUGCUCUUCCUACUUCACCGGCCAAGUCCUCCAUCCCAACGGUGGUAUGAUCGUGAACGCUUGAACCGGAGCCUGACGCCUUUCCUACAUCCACCUGAUAUAGAUGUAUAUAUGUGUAUACUACUGCGUUUGCAAGUGGUGUGUAUAAUAGUGUACCAAGACGGUGAAUGGCUCUGUUUUGUACAAUAAAUAAUGCGAAAACCCUAAUAAAUGGAAUGGUUUUCUUGCGUUUC